UUUCAUUCUCUUUUUAUCUCCAUUUUAUUGCUAAUUGAAUGGAUUACUUUACAUAUCAAAAAAACAAAAAGCCAGUGUCAAGGUCAAGUGAUAUGACACUUAAUACAUCAACAGCCAAUAAUGGCUCAGCGAAUGCUUUAUAUAUUCAUGAUUCUGGAAAAUCACCUUCUCGACCAACUUGCAUUCUUUAUCCUUCAUCUAUCUUUACACCCGAAGAAGAAAAAGAAACAGAGAUUCCUAUGGAUAACCGGGAUUUAUUCAGUAUGGCACAGCUAUCGACCUCCUUGCCUUCGCCACCUAUCCUAUCUCAGCUAAAUAGUAAAAGAUUAUCUGCCUCUUCCACAACGCCAUUACCGUCAUCUAAUGAUAAUAGCAAUAAAAGAAUGUUAUCACUAAAUAAACGAAGGUUCAGUACCCCACCCCAUACACUUUGUUUCCCCAGAAUACACGUUCUAAUCGUAGAUGAUAAUCCUAUCAACUUGCAGAUUCUAUCUAAAUUGUUGAGUAUUCAUCUUUCAGAUAUCAUUAAUCAAGUUGAACUCGUUAAAAGUGGUGUCAAGGCACUUGAGGUACUCAAAUGCAGACCCUUUGAUCUUAUCUUGAUGGACAUCGAUAUGCCUAUCAUGAAUGGAAUAGAGACUACGCUUCAUAUCCGAUCUUCUAUUGAGUUUGAUAUUUUACCUCGAAAUCGUAAAGCCCCCAUUGUUGCAGUAACCACAAAUGAUUCACCAUCAUGGCGACACACUUAUACUGAAAGUGGCAUGAAUGGUUGUAUUGGUAAACCUAUUUCACCAGUGGAGAUGAAAAGGACAUUAUUAGCAGUGCUUGAUCUUCCUUUACCUAUUCCACCUUUUACGCCUGAAUGAUAGUAAAAGGACUUGUAUUAUAUUGUAAAUAUUUUCAUACACUCUAUUAGAAACUAAUAAUUUAUGUAUAUAAUAAUAAUAAAUAAGCAUACAUACACCACCUAACCAUAAAUAUGAACAUGUAUCACUUCUUCACCGUCUCCCAUGAUUCUAUUAUUACUAUGUGAUCAUAUUAUCAUAUGAUAAUAAUAUUAUUGUAUUCUGUUUUUAAUGUGUGUGUGUGUGUGUGUUUUUUUUUAGGAAAUUUCUAACUGAGUCUGAAACAUUUGACAUUUCACAUCAUGUUUCUCUUUCUUUUGGUAUUUCCUCAGUCAGUCUCUCUCUCUCCCUCUCUCCCUCUCUCCCUCUCACCCCCCACCCCACCCCGGCCACCCUAGCUUAUUUACUAUGUACACACUCUACCAUUUAUUAAUUAAGAAUUAGGGGCCUGUCCUUGAAAUAAUAGUGGAGAAGAAGAAAAAAAAAAAAAUAAAAAAAAAUAAAA